AUGGGGAACCCUAUCCCUAUUGCCAAGAUAUUGGGCGAAAAACAAGAGGCAUACGUCUAUGGAAAUAUAAACACCGAUAAAUCUUUAAUUUUCCUGUGCAACGCUGAUGAAAAAGAAGCGAAACAAAUAUCCUUUGGUAAAAUUUUAUGGAACCUUCCUAGAUGGUCCAUCAGCAUACUACAGGGGACCAACGGCUCACUUAACCUCCUGAUGAAUACGGCAAUCAUUGGAUCAUCCAAAGACUCUCCCGGUCAAUUGGUGUUUAGGAAACUUCCUGCAAGUGUUGUGGAUUCAAAAUCAUUUGCCUGGUUGUCGGAGCCCAUUCCAAUGUCUUCAGAUGAAUGCGACAAGAAAACAAAACGUCCACCACCGCAGGUUGUGACCACACAAGACACUACCGAUUACAUGUGGCUAGUGACGCGAUUGGUAAUCAAAGAUGAAAAAGAGAAGGAAAAAAACCAUAAAUUCAAUCUCAAGUUAUUCAAUGUUGGUGAUGUGGGUACAGUUUACAUAGAUGGAAAGAGACAAUCAAUGUAUCAAGGGGGAUAUCAGGUGGAUGUGCCAUUGGAUAUUGAAAAAAAACGUGAUACGUCUGAAGAAACCGCAAUAACAACAGGAGGAAACAAGAAACACGUCUUUACAUUACAGAUCUUAAAUGGUUUGAUGGGAUUACCGCAUAUCAUGACUCACAUGGAAAACUAUGAACAAGGAAUCUUGGGAGACGUGUAUAUUAAUGAAGAAGACAUUACUUACGUGGGUUGGGGAGUCAACGCUGGACUUAUUGGCGAAAAGAAACGCUAUUUUGAUCCGACCACGCACUCUGCCAUCCCGUGGAAGAGUAUGAAUGCUGAAAGGACAUCCCCUGUGACCAUCGAUACUUCAAAGAUCCAACACGGAGGUCCAAUGUGGUAUACGUUCCAAUUCACUUUGCCAGAAGAAUAUCACGAUGUCACAUGUACCGAAGAUGCGCUUCCUCCGAUCGCUCUAGAUCUCAUGUCGAUGAGGAAGGGUAAUGUUUGGGUUAAUGGACGACAUCUCGGGAGAUACUGGCUAGAGCUUGCCACACGUCCCACCGAUCUGCGUGCACGAGAGGAUCAAGACUAUGCCGGGUGGUAUGAUCCACAUAAAAAGUGUAGGAUAGGAUACGAUGUUCCAUCACAACGGUAUUACCACAUCCCUCUGGAGUGGAUAAAGCGUGGUGGAAAAGACCGGAAAAACUGCGUGGUUUUGUUUGAGGAAUGGACAGGAGAUCCUUGCGAGAUUCGUAUCGUGCAGCGCGUGUUGUGUAAUAAGUGUGAAUCUAAUGAAAUUUGUGUUCAUGGGAUGGCUUGA